AUCUAGCGUCAAAGAAGAAGAAGAAGAGGACAAGGCGUAGAAGAAGUAGAUUAACACCAAGCUGCCGGGUUUUAGUUAUUACAUUCACAGUGAAUUCUUCCUAUUACAAGCAGUAAUAAUGUCUGAGGACAGAGCUGAACGAUCAGAUGGACGUAUGAUGAAGAUGGAGAUUGACUACAGUGCUACUGUAGAUCAGCGACUGCCUGAGUGUGAGAAAAUGGCCAGAGAUGGCCGACUCCAGGAGGCCAUCGAAAGCCUGCUGUCACUAGAGAAGCAAACAAGAACCGCUUCAGAUAUGGUGUCCACCUCCAGGAUCUUGGUGGCUAUAGUUCAGUUAUGCUAUGAAGCCAAAGACUGGGAUGCCUUGAAUGAAAACAUCAUGCUACUGUCUAAGAGAAGAAGCCAGCUGAAGCAGGCCGUCGCAAAGAUGGUACAGGAAUGUUAUACAUAUGUUGAUGCUGCGACUGACCUGUCAAUCAAACUCCGACUCAUUGACACGCUACGCACCGUCACUGCUGGAAAGAUAUAUGUGGAGAUUGAGCGUGCCAGGCUGACUAAAACAUUGGCUCAUAUCAAAGAGCAAAAUGGAGAUGUGAAAGAGGCUGCAUCCAUUCUGCAGGAACUGCAGGUGGAGACAUAUGGAUCAAUGGAGAAGAAGGAGAAGGCGGAGUUCAUUCUGGAGCAGAUGAGACUGUGCAUUGCUGUCAAGGACUACAUUCGAACACAGAUCAUUAGCAAAAAGAUCAACACUAAAUUCUUCCAGGAAGAGGGCACUGAGGAUUUGAAACUGAAGUAUUAUAAUCUGCUGAUUCAAGUUGAUCAGCACGAGGGCUCCUACCUAUCCAUAUGUAAACAUUACAGAGCCAUAUAUGACACUCCCUGUAUUCUGGAAGACACCUCCAAAUGGCAUCAGGCUCUGAAGAGUGUAGUGCUCUAUGUGAUUUUGGCACCAUAUGACAAUGAACAGUCUGAUUUAGUUCAUCGAAUCAGCAUUGACAAGAAACUGGAGGAAAUACCCAAAUAUAGGGAUCUCCUGAAACAGUUCACCACCAUGGAGCUGAUGCGCUGGUCAUCUGUAGUGGAGGAUUAUGGAAAGGAACUGAGGGAGGGUUCCAUGGGAACUCCGGACACUGAUGUCUUCACCUGCUCAGAAGAGGGAGAAAAGAGAUGGAAAGAUCUGAAAAACAGAGUGGUAGAACACAACAUCAGAAUAAUGGCAAAGUAUUACACAAGCAUCACGAUGGGGAGAAUGGCAGCCCUGCUCGACCUCUCUAUUGAUGAAUCAGAAGAGUUCCUAUCUAACCUGGUGGUCAAUAAGACCAUCUAUGCAAAAGUGGACCGCCUCGCUGGUAUCAUUAAUUUCCAGCGGCCUAAGGACCCUAACGAUCUUCUGAAUGACUGGUCUCAAAAACUGAAUUCUCUAAUGUCUCUUGUUAACAAAACUACCCAUCUCAUUGCCAAGGAAGAGAUGAUCCACAACCUCCAGUAGAGAUGGUCAGGGAGUCUUUGGUACACCUUUUUUUUUUCACUGAGUAACAUUUGAUUAAACAAAUGUUAAAUAAACUUUUGCUUCUGUUUAAAUUCUGUUAUUAACAACAACGUGGCCUGCACUCAGACUGAGAACAAUGCUAGUCUGUUUCCAUAAGAUGUUUUACACUGCAUUUAAGGUUUUCCCUUACGUUUUGUGUUUGUGACCGCUGGCUGUAGUUUGUCCAAAAAAAAAAAAUCACUCUAAACUCCAUAUGAAGCCUCCCAUUCCUCAUUCUCCCUCCCUAUUGUAUUAAGUAAAUGGCUUGUAUUACAUUUAAACAUUAUUGAAAAAUGCACAAUAUUAUUCUGAUGUUGCUCCAGCAUCCACAUUAAACUUUUUUGAAAAUAA